UUAUUUAUUUAUUUUUCAAAGGACGAGAGUGGAAACCGCGCCACAUUUUCUUUUGUUGUCAUACGUUGCUGAGUUAAUUGAUAAAAAUAGCAGGAUUUGGGAGAGAACAACGUUUGCAGGGAUAGAAGGGGUCGAGACUAAAUUUUGGAUAAGGGUCGAAGGGUUGCAAGAAAAAUUUUCUUUUUUUUUUGAAUAAUUUUUUUUGGAGCAAAAAGAAAAUUUUGUGAGAUUUUUCUUCCUUGUUUCGAGUUUUUUUGGAUAUUGGGUUCCCUUCACUUUUCCUCUUCUUUUUGGGAGAAGAGGAAAUUUGUCGAUGAAUGCGAUGGAAGAUGCCACCAAAAGUGCCGUGUCUCAUGCAAAACAUGCUCUCCUUACAACUAUAAAGGACAUCCCCAAAUUUUCAGGAAAACUUGACAUCACAAAAUUUUCUGGAAAACCUCCUAAAAUCAGAGGUUUAUUGAUUUUCCCCCUCCGGGAGAAGGGCAAAGAUCAUGUAGUAGUACCGAUAUUGCCUUCCUCUGUUUCUGCCCAAGACUUGAGAUCUCUUGAAGAUGUCGAGAAGGAAACGGUAGGUUCAAUCGAGGAAGCCUCUAGUAGAGGAAGUACCAUUGAAGAUAACACGAGAAGUACUUCAGAUUCAGAGACAUGCUCUCCAAAGGAAAGCACUUCGUCGUUGGACGUAAAUUCACAUAGUAACAAUAACGGCGCCUCUUUAUGGAGGAGUUUCUUCCGGUUGUGGAGGCAGAAAUCGAUGAGGAGGUUGUCUAGUUUUCCUCCAAGGAUCGGAGUAGCGAGAUUGUCGAAGUGGAAGAGUGGUAAAUUGAAUCACGGCGAAGGACCUAUUGGAAGUUCUGACAAUGAUUUUUGCUUCUUUAAGCCUUCUUGGAAAAGUUUCACUACUUCAGAGCUCAAGAAUGCCACCAAUAAUUUCAGUGAUGAGAAUCUCAUAGGGAGGGGAGGUUUUGCUGAGGUUUAUGAAGGAUGCUUAGAAGAUGGACAGUUUGUAGCAGUGAAGAGGUUGGUUAAAGGACCACUAGAAGAAAGAACUAACAAUUUUCUAGCUGAACUAGGGAUACUUGUUCAUAUAAAUCAUCCAAAUAUCGCCAAAUUGAUCGGAGUUGGAGUCGAAGAAGACUUGCAUUUAGUUCUUCGUCUCUCCCCUCAUGGGAGCUUAUCAUCUCUUCUUCAUGGUUCUAAGGGAAAAUUAGAGUGGGAUGUUAGGUACAAGAUUGCUAUAGGGACUGCAGAGGGCCUCGAGUACCUACAUGAUAGAUGUCAGAGGAGAAUCAUUCAUCGAGAUAUCAAAGCUGCGAAUAUUUUGCUCACUGAAGACUUUGAACCUCAGAUUUGUGAUUUUGGCCUGGCAAAGUGGCUUCCUGAUCAAUUGACUCAUCAUACACUAUCAAGUUUCGAAGGCACAUUUGGUUAUCUUGCUCCUGAGUAUCUCACACAUGGAGUUGUCGAUGAGAAAACAGAUGUUUUUGCUUUCGGUGUUCUGCUGUUGGAGCUCAUCAGUGGUCGUAAAGCAUUAGAUUCUUCACAGCAAAGUUUAGUGAUGUGGGCAAAGCCACUAAUUGAAAGGAAUGAGAUUAAAGAGCUUGUAGAUCCUGCGCUUGCUGAAUCUUAUGACUACGAGCAACUGAAACAACUGGUAGCGGCAGCUUGUUUGUGUAUUCAGCAUUCAUCAAUGCUUCGUCCUAGAAUUAGCGAGGUAAUUUUUACGAAGACCACAUUAAGACUGGUCGAAGUUUGA